AUGGACGAUAUCCUGAGAGGCCUCAAUCCUGCGCAGAGAAAUGCCGUCGCCUCCGAGUCGGCGGUCCUGCAGGUUCUGGCGCCUCCGGGAUCUGGCAAGACGAAAACACUGACCGCACGCGUCGCGCACUUCAUCGCGCAUCGACGGCUGGAGCCAUGGAACAUCAUCGUCUGCACCUUCACCGUGAAGGCGGCGAGCGAGAUGAAGGAGAGAAUCACAAGCUUCGUGGGAGGCCAGCUGUCGAGACACCUCAAAUUGGGCACUUUUCAUUCGGUGGCGUUGAGAUAUCUCCGGGCAUACGGAGAGCACAUUGGCCUGUCCAAGGACUUUGGCAUUGCCGACACGUCUGAUACCAAGGCCAUCUUGAAGCGACUCAUCAAGAAUUUGAAGAUAUCCAUCGAACCGGGGCCCGCUCUUGGCCGGAUCUCGGCUCGAAAGGUCAAAGGGGCGGCAGAGAAGGCGCCGAAGAGUGUGGACCAGCAAGAAUUCACAAGACUAUUCGAAGAGUACGAGGCCGAGCUGGCCCGUCUCAACUUACUCGACUACGAUGAUAUUCUGCUGCGAUGCUCCUUCUUGCUGAAAAGCCACCCGCAAUGCGUUGCCAACGUGCAGGCGGUCCUGAUUGAUGAGUUCCAAGACACGAACAACAUCCAAUACGAUCUGAUGACACUCUUUGCACAAAAGCACAACGUCAUCACGAUUGUGGGCGAUCCUGAUCAGAGCAUCUAUGGCUUUCGAGCCGCCGAGGCGAAGAAUCUGAUUCGAAUGAGGCAGCAAUGGCCAGAUACGCUUACCAUCAACCUCGAACAGAACUACAGAUCAUCCGGCGCCAUUUUGCACGCUGCUCAGAACAUCAUAGAGCAAGAUGAGAGUCGACCGCCGAAGAAGCUGCAGGCCACACAUACCUUUGGCCUUCGACCAGUGCUACGAAAGCUGUCCUCGGCUUAUGCAGAGGCAGAGUGGCUUGUGUCGGAGAUCAGGCGUACCCGCUGCCUCGCUGGAAAUAUGGUGGACUUGAGUGACUACGCAAUAUUACUCCGUUCUGCGGCACUCUCACGGGCCAUUGAGUCAGCUUUAGGUAGCGCGGGACUGGCUUAUCGCAUGGUUGGCGGACUGCGAUUCUACGAUCGUAUGGAAGUGAAGCUCAUCGUAGACUAUCUCCGCGUGAUACAUCAACCCGACAACAGCGAAGCGUUAGAACGGGUUCUCAAUGUACCCUCGAGACAUAUUGGAGACACCACGAUCCAGAAACUCAGGCAAGAAGCGCAGGUGAAAGGGUUGUCCUUGUGGGCCCUGGUCUUGGCAGUAGCACAAGGACGACGUAAGUCAGAUACGAAGCUCAUGGACAAGACGGUGAAGGGCCUAACUUCAUUCGUUGAUGUCAUAUUGUGUGGCCAGAAGAAGGUGGACUCGUGGGCCGGGGAGGCGGCUGAGACACCAUCUGUUGUCGAUCUGAUUACGCUGAUCUCCCACAAAAUCAAACUGCAGUCAUACCUGAGGGAGAAGUUUUCGGCCGAAGACAGCUUUGAAGCGCGCUGGACGAAUGUUGAAGAGCUAAUGGCACAAGCCGCAGAGAUGUCCAGACCAGAGACACUCGCACAGCUCGUUGAACUUGACAGCCUGCCCGUGCUUGAUGACAUAGAACAGCGACAGGCUACAGACCAGGACAUUCUCUCCAUUUUUCUUGCCAACAUUGCCUUGACUGCUUCUGCAGAGAAGAAAGCCGAUGAUGAAGGCGAGAAAGCUCAGCAAAUCACGAUAUCGACCAUUCACGCCGCGAAGGGUCUGGAGUGGCCUGUAGUAUUCAUCCCUGCGUGCUAUAACGGCUCGAUCCCACACUCUCGUGCUGACGACAACGACGAGGAGCGGCGACUGCUGUAUGUUGGCAUGACGCGGGCACAGGCUCUGCUGUACUUGAGCUGUCCAAUCAAGAACACUCAAAGAGAAACGACCACCAUGUCCCCUUUCUUAACGCACUCUGGAGUGAGUGGUUUCUUCGAAGAGCACGGCCCAAGUCUGCCAGCAUCAGACUUGAUAAGCUUGUCGACAACACUCGCAAAGGCCUGUCCCAGCGAAGCGACGCUAAAUGCAGCAAGGAAAACGUUAGAGCGCGACGAAGACAACUACUGGCCACUCAAUGGCGAUGAACCUUUCGAGGAACUCGCCAAG